AGUAAGCAGUCGGAAACGAAACAUUACUUUGAGGCGGGGUUUGAGUUGAUGCUUUAUAUAGCCUACAUUCAUGACAUCUGCUCACUGACCAGAGACACAAUUAUUCGGUGUAAUUUACCUGACUAUUGAGGGGAAAAUCCUAUUGAACAACCCAGCUCGACAAUGGAACUGAGUCUGAUUGUAAAAGUGAUGAACGGAGAACCGGAGCCGGUGAACGUGAGCAGUGAUACCAAAGUCGGUGAAUUCAAGCAGAUCAUUUCUCAACAGUUCAACGAACCUUGUCACAAACAGAAGCUUUUUACCGACAACGGUAUCAACCUUGAUGAUGAUUCCAGAAGCCUCGGCAGUUACGGGUUGCUCUCAGGCUCAGUGGUGAUGAUGCUGCUGCUCACGAACCCUGCACCUUUCCAAGUGUUUGUCAAGAACGAAAAGGGCCAGACCAAAACCUAUGAUGUGGAUGCCAAUGAGACCGUAGAUCAGCUCCAGACUAAGGUCUGCAGCAUAGAGAGUGUCCCCAAGGAUCAGCAGAGAUUGAUUUACAACGGAAGACAACUGGAGGCUGGAAAGACGCUGCAAGACUGUGGCAUCACAUCUGGAAGCACUAUUCAGAUGACUCUCCGUCUCCGAGGAGGAUAAUGAAGGAGAUCCGCGACCAGGAUUCAUUUCUGAUCCAACUCUUUAUUAAUGACUUAAACAUGUCAAAAUAUAAAAAUCCUGAAAGACACUUUUUAGUCGCUAUCUAAAGAUUAUCUAUAGCUUAUAAAUGUCUGAUAUUAGAAUAUUUAAUUUAAAUUAAGAUUUAAAGUAUUUAUGUGAUUGAAUAUAUUGUUAAAAUAUGGAUUAAGGAUAAUCAUUUCUCAUACAGUUUUAGUUUAAGGUUAUAUAUAGGCCUAUAUGUGCUGGCCUACACCCUUUGUUGUUAUAUGAAUGUUAUGCAUUAUAUUUAUAUAUUGUAAAUAAAAUGUAAAUACCAGUCCUGUGCAUUGUGCAGGUUUUAUUGACUUGAGUAUGGAUGGAGUAACUAACACAAAACAGCAGUAGGCUACUUCUAAU